GAGGCGGAGACCGGAAGUGGGCGCCGUGCGGAUGACGUACUCGGAGUGCGUCGCGGCUAGGGGCUUUCGGCUCCCCGCCUGCUUCUUGGUGCGGCAGGCAGACGCGUGGGUGGCGGUUGCCAUGGAGUCGGACGGCAAAGGGGCGUACGUGCUGAGUAACCUGGCUGAGGUGGUGGAGCGGAUCCUUAGCUUCUUGCCCACCAAGGCAUUACUGCGAGCAGCCUGUGUUUGCCGGUUAUGGAGAGAAUGUGCCCGUAGAUUACUGAGAACACAGCAGAGCAUAGCAUGGGUCUCUGCACUUGAGUCUGGUCCAUCUGAUAGUCAUUCACUGGUCCAUGCAUUAGCUGAAGAACUUGAGAAUGUGCAUGUGCUGCCACAAACAGUGCUCUACAUAGCAGAUGCAGAGACUUUCAGUGGAUAUGAAGAGUGUCACGGACAAAAGAGAGCAAGGAAAAGAAAUAGUAAAGAAACAGCAACUGCACUAGAAAAGCUGUUGCCAAAACGGUGCCAAGUUCUGGGACUGGUCACUCCUGGAAUUGUAGUUACUCCAAUGGGCUCAAGCAGCAAUCGACCUCAAGAAAUCGAAGAUGGUGAAGCUGGCUUUGUUUUAUUGUUCCCUAAAAUUGAUGGUGUGAAAAUCCAUACCUUCCACUUUUUUAAAGACUUGAAGAAUAGAGUUUUUGAUGAAAGCAAAUUCACUGAAGCAGGUCUUAAAAAUAAUCCAGAGCUCCGUGUGGUUCUUCUAUUUGUCUACAAUUCCUGGAAGCCAGGAGCUAAUCGGUUUCUUCAUCAGAUAAUCAAUCCUUUAAAUGAAAAAAGUAUCAUCUUGGCUGGGGGGCAUGUGGAGAGCUUGACGUCACUGAGCUCUGAGAAACAUGUCAUCUCGUCCUCGACACACAGCAGAAUGGAGAUCAGUUUGGUGAAAAAAGGAAAGAAGUGAACACUUCAAAGGCACAAGGCCUGCAGGCCAAAAGUGGUGUUUAUGACUUCUGGUUUAUAGGAAGCAAAUAUGAUCCUGCUUCUACACACGUUGAAUAUGAUCAGAACGUUCUUAAAUGUUUGUUUUACACUGCUGUAAAAUGAAUAGCCUACGUCUUCCAGAUGAGAAUACCAUUACGUAAAAGGUAAUGGAAAAAUGAAGUGAUUAUGAUGCAUAGCCAAAUAAAUGUUAUAUAUAUAAAAUCACACAGGAAAAAGCAUUGAAAUGACAGCUAUCCUGUUUUUAGAGCUAAUGGCCCAUAUUUUCAUACUUUCAUAACUGAUUGGCUCUGGUGUUCCCUCUGUGAAGCUUCCAUUUGACACUUUCUAGUUUGACAUAAUGCACUUCAGCAGAGGAAAUGUGGCUCCAGAAUUUAAGAUGCAUGGGAAAAGUACGAAACUUUUAAAGUUAUUGCAAAAUGCAUUCUAUUAUUUGUUACAAAAAAUACUUUGAAGUUUUCCCUUGGGCAUUCAACCCCCCAUUCAAGGAAAGUACUUAAGCAAAGUCCAUGCCUGUUCAGGACAGUUCUUAAGCCUGGCUUAAAUUCUAUUGAUUUUAGUUGGUCUUCAGCACUUGCUUAAGUGUUGUCCUGAAUAGGAAUGUUUUCCAGAAUCAGGGACUCAAAUAUUAAGAUGCAUAUUCCUGCCCUUCCAAGUGCAAUGGCAACUCUUGCUUGUUUUUACAAUAUAUUUGAAACAUUUUUUUUAAAUAGUGUUGGGUGUUAUAUGUAGGUAUAGUGCAUGGAGUAUUCAUGUUAUGUUAGUUUUCCCUCAAAAAGCCCAGCUGGCAUAAGGCUUAAUUGGGGAAUAAGGAAUCCUCUCAUUAUCCCUUGUGUCUUCUUAUAGUGGACCUUUGGAAGAAAGCAAGAAUAACCUGAUGAAGAUAAAGAGACCACAAAUCAUAUGAUACUAAAUCUUCACAAUUGCAUCAUCUAAAAGGCAUUUCAAUUAAAACCUGUAGGAACAGUAAAUCUGCUUUUUUGUCAUUUUCUGUGCUGGCAGAUUCCUUUUGCUCCAGGUUAAUAUUGAAAUAAGCUUUAUUUUAACAGAUGAAGACUCUGGGUCUGGUGAGUCAUGCCCUCUUUGGGGAGCGGAGAGCAAUAUACUAGGAUCCUGUAAAUGAUUAAACCACAGUCUGACUUUCAGGUACAGCAAAGGUGCCUGGUGAGACUGAACCUCAACUACGAAUUUUGGAAAAUCAGGUGAUUAAAAACGUUCAUUUUCUCAUUUACUUUUCAGGUAAAAAUGAAGCUCUGCUGUAUAUCAAAUGGGAUCUUGGAAUUCACUGACGUCCUUCCAAGAAAAAAAGGGUAAUACUCUGUUCGUGUACUGUUUCAUUUUUUCAUCAUAUUUUAUCUCCACUUUUGGAAGAGACAGAAGUUUUCUAUUUCUACCAUAAGUCAAUAUAUUGAUUUUUUUAGUCUUCAUUUAAGCCUAAGAAGGGCUAUUUCUGACACAUCUCCAAACUCCUCCAAAUAUGAAGCAUUAAUGGCCAAGUCAGAGAGCUUUGAAAAAAAAAUUUUGUUUCCAAAAUAAAAUAUUUGUCAUCCCAUUUAAGUCAAUAGGACUACUCAGAUGAGUACAUUUACACAUGUGCAGAAGUUUGCCCAGCACCUGGCCCAAUCUGAAUAGCCGCAAGGUAGUGAAUGUGUGUAGGUACAUGCUUUAUGUAAAACUUCUUUGCUGCAGUAGCACCAUCUAUCAGAGAGUCUCCAAGUGCUUUACAAGCUAAAUAAAUGUAAUCAAUGUCCCGGUCAGUUGAUAUUUUUUUCAUGAGUGUUUCUAGGGAAGAAAACUUUGGCUGGCACAUUGACAGUGCAUCUAUACUCAGUAAAAAAAGGUGGUAGAUUUUGCUUUCUUAGUAUUCCUAGUGUGGACAAGGGAGGUGUACUUUUUGCAAGUGUUAGCAGGACCAGGUAAACCCUAGAUCGUGAUUUCCAUGAAUCUAUUCUUUGUUUGAAAUUAUUCACUGAAAUUGUUACAAGAAUGUGGUUCAGCCAGUGGGUGGCUCACAAAUACAAGUAGCAACUGCACUCACUGGAGCUAUGAAAUUUGAGCUGUUUUGUUUGGACCUAGGUCAUGUGGUAUGUUACUGUCCCCUGAGCACAACUGUCAGUCAGACCUAGUCUGCAUUUGAUAAAUGAUGCUGUUUAGGUACACAUCGGAUCAGCUUUGAACAGCCCUCACUUCUGGCUGUCCAGUUUGGAAAUAUACUCCCCAGCUGGCUGCUCAGAGGUGUACCCUCUAUGCAACAGGGCAAGCUGGAUCUAAAUUAUGUGGCUCUGUUGCUGGAUUCUGUGGCACAAUAGAAGUUUUCAUGGCCAUUUAAGUUUAAAUAAUGAUGGUUUGUAAUGAAAUACAGAAAUAAGACCAAUUAGUACAGGAACACUCAUGUUUAUUUUGAUAUUGAAUUUUAUUUGUUAUGCUGUCCCCACAUUUUCAGCUUUUAUUAAAUAGUGGAUUUUUGUAUUGACAACAUGUAACCGCAGUGUAGAAGCUGGAGGUUUCGGAAGCUGCAUAGGGGACGGUUAGAAGCUUUGUUUUUGAGGAGGAGGUGGAAGUCAGUUUCAGAUUAUGAGAGAAAGCACAUUAGCUGGAUGUUUCUGCUAGAAUUAUCCAUCGUGAAACAGCUGACAUAGGGGUGGGCUUUUUCAAAAACACUUCAGUGAUUUAGGAGCAUAAAUUCCAUUCCUAAAUCACUUAAGCACUUCUGAAAUAUCCCACCCUAGAAGUGCUAUAAUUGGGGUGUUAACUGAAACCUAUUGAGAUGAAAGGACAGUUCACACUUCUUGGUA